AUGCUGGCCAACUGGUCAAUCAACCGCCGGUUCCCCAAAAUCUCCAAGGAGUUCCUCCUCGCCCUCCUCGGCCCGGCGCUGUUCCACACCGUCGGCCACAUCUCCACCUGCGUCUCCUUCUCUAAAGUCGCCGUCUCGUUCACCCACGUCAUCAAAUCCGCCGAGCCCGUCUUCUCGGUCAUCUUCUCGUCUUUCCUCGGCGAGAUCUACCCUCUCAAGAAUUUCAAAGAAAUCGACGGGUUGAAUUUGUAUGGAUUGAUUAGUUUAGUCUCGUUUGUUUACCUGCUCCCCGUCGUGAUUCUCGUCGAGGGCUCGCAGUGGGUUGGGGGUUACAAGAACGCGAUUGUGGCAGUGGGCGGGAGGUCGAUGGAGUUUUAUGGAAUGGUGCUCUGUUCUGGGAUCUUCUAUCACUUGUACAACCAGUCGUCGUACCAGACGCUUGAUGAUAUCAGUCCAUUGACGUUCUCUGUUGGGAACACGAUGAAGAGGGUGGUGGUGAUUGUUGCCACCGUGUUGUUCUUCAGGAAUCCGGUGAAGCCAUUGAAUGCUCUGGGGUCCGCGAUUGCGAUCCUGGGGACGUUUUUGUACUCUCAGGUGACGGCGAAGAAAGGGAAGAAGAAGGAGGAGGAGCCUGCAGUGGGAGAUGAGAAGAGCAGGGAGUCGGAAGAAGAUCUACAAAAGCUGAGGGAUGAAAAAGAUGGUGAAAUACGAAAGCUGAAAGAGGAGAUGGAGGAUGCAAGCGAAAAGCACGAGGAGGAGCUGCGAAAGUCGAGAAAGGAAAAGGACGAGGUGCAAAAGCAGUUGACGAAGAAAAACGACGGCGUGCAGCAGACGCUCAAAAGGGCGAGCGACGACGACUUGCAAAAGCUGAGAAAGGAGAAGGUCGAGGAAGUGUGA